ACGCUCUUCUCCGCACUGAUAGAAACGAAUACGAUCCUACUGAGUAAACAUAGCAGACAACUCAAAACGUAGUGGCUAUGACGACUCAGUUGAAACAAUUCAAAAACAACGUUCAUUGAAAACAUUGCAAAAACAAGUGACGUGUGAUGUGUUUAUACUACUUGUUGAGAGAUUAUAUACAUCGAAAAAGCGGAGAUCCAGCUAGUAACAAAUUGGAAGUGAACCAUUAAACAACAAAAACUGUUUAGGCAACGCAGGGACUGCGAUACCCAGUGAUAAGAAUAAUUUGUUCAUACCGUACUGUGUUGGUGCAUUUACUAUAAAGAUCUUCAAGUGCAUUAUUCUCUGAGAUGUCGAUGAGCAAGAAUAUCUUAAGGUGCAGAAGAUGUGCUUGUUUAGCUACAAGGCAUAUUAGUAGCCACCGAGUAAGGUCUUCUGAGCCGAUUAUUGAAAAUGGAAAAUUGAAUUGUGCACGCACCAAGGGCAUGUCAUUCAACCAGUGGAAAAUCAUCAAUCAGUUCAAAGAAUUACUGUGGAAGGGAAAAUCAGAAUGGGCUAUAAUGUAUAUUGUAAACAAGGAGUGGAUAAACUUGCUGAGGAAAUUUCCACAGGCAACAGGAGUGUUUCAUUCUGUAUCAGUACAAAGGAGAAGCCACCGUGGGGACUUCACUGCAACAACUAAAGAUGAACCGGUUGCCAUUAAAUCAGCUGAACAGAAAUUGAACGAGCCUCUCAGAAAUAAUGUGCUGCAUGAGCCUCCACCAGUGGAAAGUAAGCCGCAGGAUAGCAAAAGUUAUGGUUUGCAAGUCAUUGAAGGACUGAAGCAGAAACUAUCAAGCAAAUCACCAACUACCGCAGAAGUACCACAAGAUGCGUCCAGUUUGAAAUGGAAGAACCAGUAUAACAUUGCCACCAAGGAUUGCAUAGUGUCUCGAUCUCGCCACGUCCUGUCCCUCAUCACCACUGCGCAGACUCUUGAUCAGAAGAGACACAGAUUGGUGGAGUUGAUUCAACAUCUGAACCAGUUUCCUGAGGCGAAAGGAUAUCUCGUUAAGGAUGGUGCGGUCACAAUUCUACUGAGGAUGCGAGAUUCUGUCAAUGAUUCUCUGAUUCAGCAGAUGAUCCGAGAAAUAUUUGCUCGUCUAGGUCAUGUGGACCCAGUGCCUGGGUGGGGCAUUCGAAUACUAUCAAUCGAUGGAGGUGGAAUGAGAGGUAUAGUAGUUCUUGAGAUGCUGCGGCGUUUUGAAGAGCUAACUGGAAAGAAAGUAUGUGAAAUGUUCGAUUACAUAUGUGGAGUGAGCACUGGAGCGAUUUUAGCUUGUGGAAUAGGGACUCCCUGUGGUAAAUCUCUGGAUGAAGUGCAAACUAUUUAUAGAGAAAUGAGUGCCAAAGUUUUCACUCAGAGUGCAUUUUGGGGUACUGGCAAAUUGAUGUGGAACCAUGCUUACUACGACACGACCAUAUGGGAAGAUCUGCUCAAGAGGUAUCUUGGGGAUGUCAGUUUGAUUGAAACUACAAGGGACCCAAACUGUCCAAAGCUGGCUGCCGUAUCCACACUGGUGAAUCAAGCUCGAGUCUCCCUAUGUGUCAGAAACUAUGCUCUUCCCUACGAGCGACAGUCACAGUACCUCGGCAGCUGCAACCCCAUGUUCGAAGCUGUGCGUGCGUCAGCCGCAGCUCCCACCAUAUUCGAGGAAUUCCGGAUAGGAUCGUUGUUGCAUCAGGAUGGAGGAAUCCUGGUGAAUAAUCCGACAGCAGUGGCCAUCCACGAGGCGAAACAACUUUGGCCGAACAGCCCCAUCCAGUGUGUGGUCUCCUUUGGAACGGGCCGUCACGACCCCGUCAGGGGCUCCGAGCCCCAUCUCAAUGCCAACGCAUCGUCCUCCUGGAAGAAGAUUUUCGACAAAAUCCUCGAUAGUGCUACCGACACAGAAGCUGUGCACACCAUGUUGAACGAUCUACUUCCCGGGAACGUUUAUUUCCGCUUCAACCCCUACCUGUCGGAGAUCAUCUCAAUGGACGAAUUCAGGCCGGAGAAGAUCGCUUGCCUGGAGACCGACGCCCUCAUGUACUACCGACGCAAUGAGGAGAAGUUCAUCGAAGCAGCCAGCGCCAUCCUUCAAACACGUACGAUCUCGCAACGGUGUCAAGACUAUGUUAUGCUUCAAGCCAAGAAGAUGGGUGUCAAACAUGUUUGAGUAUUUCCUAUUGAUUUCUAUUUUUUUAAUGCGAUACCAAAGAUACAUGACAGUGUCUAGAGAUAUUUGCAAGUAAAUGUUAUGUUGUAUCCCAUUAACCGGACACAUUUUUUGAAGGCUGUUUCAUUUUUUGUGAUAAACAUUUAUUUAGUACAUGUUAAUAGGUUGUAGGAAACUCCACUGUGGGCUUCUGUAAAAAACCAAGAUAUUCGCCUCAUAUAAACAAACCUCAAUAACUAUGAGUAUUUCUGUCAACUGAAACAAUCAUUACAAUAUGCAUCACAAUUUAUAAAAAUCUAAUACUAACUACUAUGUGAUUAUAAAUAUAGUACAAAUCUAAGAGACCACAUUCUGAUGAUAGAGUUUUUAUUAAUAGAAUUCUCAGUUUCCUGAAUUUGAAUAUGUAUCGAGGAGUGUAGUGAAUUCAUCUUAUAUACUGUAAUUUCCUUCUCCGGCAGAAAUGUAUAUCGUUGAAAUGUAUCCUUGAGAUUUGAAAGUAGUUUUUCUGAAACGUUUGACUCAUAUUAGUCAUUUAGUUGGAAGUUAGUUUUUAUCGUCUGGACUUCACCUUCCAUGAAAUGAUAAGAAUACAAAAUAAUUGAUAAUGUUGACGAAUAUUAAUUUUAAUUUCAUAAUAAACUACAAAAAUGUAUUUAGUUUGAUAGUUUAGAUUGCUUAUUGCAUCUCUCUUAUAUUUUCUAAAUAAAUAAUAACUCAAUGUUUUUUAAUUUCCAAGUUGCCCUUGAUUUAUUAAAGCAUACUCAUUGAAACUUAUUAAAUCCUAGUCUAUUUUUAUUACUACUUAGCUUUUAAUUUUUUAUGAGUUUCAAUUGAUGUGUAGCCUGAAUUAUAAUAUUUUCAUUGGUGAAUUGUAAUCCAUUUGGUGAAAUAUUUUUCUGUUUUUUGAGGCAUUUUUACCAAUUAUUUGUUUGUAUAUUUAAAAUAUGAUCCAUUCAAUGAAUUAGAAACACUUGAAAAAUAUCAGAUUGAGCAGUAUUCAUAUCUGUAAAUUUAUUCACCUAUUUAAAAAUGUGUGUUGACUUCUUUUGUGUCUCAUCUUGAGAUAUUCAAAGGAACGUUUUCAUGGGAAGCUUUAUAAAAAUCUAUUAUUUUGAUUGCAUGUAAUAAUAAACUUAUUUUUGAAAACUUUUACUUGAUUCAAGCAUAUUAUAUCAUGUUUUAGUGAUUACGAGAAGAAUUUGUUAUAGUUGAUUCCAUUAUCAUACAUAAUAAUUGUUAUUAUAUUUGUUAAUAAAUUGAUGAA